CUCGUCUUGACACUCCUCCUACAACAGGUUUGCUAAAUGUUCACCGGCAUCCUUUCUCGCUCCAAAGUCCAAAGCCCUUUCCAUCUGUACGGCCUACCUUCCUUUACCUGUACGGCGUUCAAAGGGAUUCUGCUCAGGCUUUACCAACUAAUAACGCGGCGAUAGUUUUCGGAUAGGCUAAAAUAAUUUCUCUCCCCUACUGCGUCGUCAGAAUGACAGAUAGAGGAGGGAAGAGAAGAGGGGUUUCGAUCUGUCGUGGGAUGCUUCCCCUGCUAGCUGUCCAUGCCGUGACUGAAUAUUGCAGGCUCGACAGGAAACCGCCCGUCACGGCCGGGGUUCUGGCGGCUAAUACCGUCAUUUACUUGAGGCCCGAAUUCCUCGAUCGGCUCAUACCUCACAUUGACGAGGUCUGGUUCAAUCCCCACCUUAUUUUGAAGUACAAAGAUGUUAAGCGAUUCUACCUUUCUCCAUUCUACCAUAUCAAUGAAUCUCACUUGGUGUACAACAUGUUGUCACUUCUAUGGAAGGGGAUUCAGUUGGAAAGGUCAAUGGGAAGUGCAGAAUUCGCAUUCAUGGUUGCUGCCUUAGUUCCUAUGUCCCAAGGCGCCACAUUGUUGUUAUCCAAAUUGCUCUUAUUGUUAUUUAACCAUGGGGGUCCCUAUUACAGGGAAUAUGCUGUGGGGUUUUCUGGUGUCCUCUUUGCGAUGAAAGUCAUUCUGUAUGAACAAUUGGGAGAUUAUACAUACGUGAAUGGGCUAAUGGUACCUACCCGGUAUGCUGCUUGGGCCGAACUCAUUUUAACCCAGAUGUUUGUUCCUGGUGUGUCUUUCAUCGGCCAUCUGGGCGGAAUACUUGCAGGCUUUGGAUAUCUGUAUUUAAGAAAGUCUUCAUAUCCAGGUUCUUCCAAUCCGCUGAAAAAAUUGGUCAAGGGCAUCAUUGGUGCUCUGUGUCUGCCUUUCAAAUUCUUGUGGGGGGGCUUAGGAGGAGUAGGGCGAAGAAGGGUUCAUGGUCGGGGAGCUGUUGGUAGAAGAAAUAGGUCUACUGCUGAUACAUGGAGAUGCCAAGCGUGCACCUUUGAUAACCGAGACAGCAUUUCAAGAGUUUGUGAGAUGUGUGGGACAGGUCAAUUUGAAGGCUCUUCUUCUCAUCCACUACCAAUGAGCGACAUUUCUUUGGAGGAACUACGACGCUGGAGAGUUGAAAGGUUUGGUUGAAUAUAACAAUUUUCAACUCUUCAAACGGUGUUCCUAUGGGUUUGUGUGAAUUUUACAUUUAAUGUCACUUAGUUUCUCUGUAGCGGAAUUGCGGAAGUAAAACUAGUAGAGAGUUUGUUUCGUAAGAAAUAAGCAUAACGUUGAAGCUCAAGAGGACCAAAAGUUGACAUUUUAUCACAAUUAUACGUAAUAUAUGAGUGAAUAUUGUUGUUGUGAUCGUUGACCGACACCACAAUCGAGGUCCUCGCUUGUGAGCAUUGCCAUCAUUGAGGCCACCACCGCAUGAGGUUGUCACCACCUUCCAGUGGCAGACCCAGAACAAUUUUCAAGGGCGCGUAUGAGCUUUUUGUGGUUCGGUUCUAGUCUUAUUGAAGAAUUUAAACCGCAAUAGGGGUUAAGUAGGGGCGGUUUCGUAUCAUGUACAUUUUUUAUUCUAGGUAUGGUAAAUAGUUCAUUUGGAGAAAUUUGAACAAUAAUACUCGACUUUUUUGAGGAAAGAUAGAUGUAGG